GCGGGGUGGGCCGGCCCUGGGGCGCCUUAAAAACCAGAGCUGGUGCUCGGGUCGCCGCCGCUUUGAGCAGGAUCCAACGUCUCUACGGUUACCCUGAACCACCUCGCAGACCCCAGCAGCCAUGGCCAGCAAAGGCUUGCAGGACCUGAAGCAGCAAGUGGAGGGGGCGGCCCAGGAAGCGGUGACGGCGGCUGGAGCAGCAACUCAGCAAGUGGUGGAUCAGACCACAGAAACAGGGCAGAAAGCCAUGGACCAGGUUGCCAAGUCUACACAGGAAACCAUCGACAAGACUGCUAACCAGGCCUCUGAGGCUUUCUCGGGUUUUGGGAAAAAACUCGGCCUCCUGAAAUGACAGAAGGGAGACAUGGGUGACUCCCUUCCAGGCCCGGAGCUCUAGCAGGCUCUUGGCGGGCCACCUCAUUAAAGCACAUAUGCCUACUCUG